UUACUGCAACGCUCGCCAGCACACGUGGUGGCGGUAAUGCCCCACUUUGUUGCCGCGACCACUAAAUUAGAAGAAGACGGAUUGACGUCAGGACAUAUCACAGUACACCUUUGCAUGGUGGGCUCUAAAGACACUGUGUUAACUGUCUAUAAACACAAGCUAUUUACUGUCUAUUCCCAAUUCCAACGGUACCAUCUAGCUGAGUAAGGCUGCGGUAAAACAUGCCAGCUGGGGUGUCAUGGCCGAGGUACCUGGGAAUGUUUGGUGCUAGUAUACUCUCCAUGUUUGCAGGGGCCCAAGUUGUUCAUCAAUACUACAGACCAGACCUGACGAUUCCUGAGAUGCCACCCAAACCAGGAGAGCUAAGGACUGAACUAUUGGGGUUAAAACCAGUCGACAAUGGCACUGAAAGGCAAUGACAUUGCUGGUUUUACUUGUAUAUAUGUAUAGCACAUAUUGACUACCUCUAUUAAAUAGAUGUUAAUUGUU